UGUUGGCCCCCUCCCCUCCUCGUGGUCGGCAUCUGGCCUCGCGCGAUGAUUAGAUUAAUUAGAUCGUACGGUUAGGAUCGUCUAGUUUGUAGGAAUCGACUGACUUAUAUUUGUUAUUAUGGCUUCCUUGGUUGCGGAUUACGGGACUUCCUCCGGUUCGGACGGCGAAACGGAUGACGACGUUUCGGAUAAUGCCUUUAAGGGUGUGGAGAAGGUGGAGUCAGAUGAAGAGGACGAAGAAGAAGAGAAUAACAAAGAGGAGAACAACAGGGAUAAUGGUGGACACGUAAGAAUAAUUGAAACAACAGCUUCCAAAGAAAAGCUUCCAUUACCCACGCCAGAUUUCAACAGCGCGUCCACGUUACUGAGGACUUCAGUAUUCCUGAAUCCAUUUGUUGAGGCAGAGCGAGCAAAGAGUGCGAUCCUGGAGAAGCAUGUAAAGAUGACGCCCACGUUAGACGACACGAAGAUGAUAAACGGCCGCAAGAUUUGCUGGAACUAUCGGAAGGGUCGUUGCCGUUUCGGCCACAAUUGUACUUUCGCCCACGACUCGGAUUUGCAUCGCAGCGCGGCCGAAUUGGAGGCCCUACGAACGCCACAGGAAACGCUGGUCUGUCAAACUCGGUAUAAUGGGCAACAGCAACUGCAGCAGCAGCAACAGCAGCAGCAGCAGCAGGUACCGCCGCUCGCGAACGACGACGAGAAUGAGGUAGAUCAGGAGAACAAUCAGACAGCGAACAGAAAGCGUAAGAAAAGGCCCGGCCUGUGCCAAUUGUUGCUUCCGAGUAAAAAAGUCUAUAAGCAGUUUAAAGCGCAACAACAACAACAGCAACAACAAACCAAAACUAGAUGAAUACUAUUUCUUUAUUUGAUAUAGUAAUAGGUUGAUGAAAUUGUCUUCUAGCCGAGUCGUUAUAUAUUUUUUGCGAAUCGGAAAAUACGCGCAAUAUGCAUCUCUCCAAAAUAUUAAACAGACCUUGCGGACACUUUUAAUAAACAAAAAUUAUGAAAAAAAUUUGGCAAAACAGAAAUUGUGAGAAAGUAAAAAUUAUAGGAGAAAAAAGAUCAUAGCGAAUAAUUUUAAAUUCAUUCUUAUAUUACGCUUUUGAGAAUCGAAUUUUCAUCUUUUAUCAAAAAAUAAAAUGGAACCUAUUAGCGUAUAGCGAUGAGACUAACCGAGAUCUUGCAUAUUUCAUCUAAGGUCUAGCUUAAUAUUUAAUUAAAAGAUUGCGCGAAUAAAAAAAUUUGUUAGAUAUAUAAAGGAAAAAGAAAAAAUUCCGACUUAUGCUUCCAAUAUGAAGAAACAUACGAUGUGUAGAAUAGGAACUUUUAAUUAAGAGAAACUUUUGUCUCAUAAAUUCGCAAAGACUAUCCAAUGUGUGCACAAACAGACGCAUGUUGCGAUCUUCUUAAAAUUCGUCUUUUGUAACGCAAUGAACGCAUAAAUCAUGUCUUCUUGUUAUUUCGUUUUCUCAUAUUUAUCAUCUUUAGCUAAUUAUUUACUAAAUAUUUGAUAAUACUGUUUGUGAGAGUACCAAAUAACAUUUUACGAUUCCAUACAUAGAGUAUGUAAUAUCAUGAUAGAAUCCGACUGAAAUCACAUUUUUACUUCCGACCGAAACCGAAAACGAAUAUUCGGUUGUCAUUCAAUUUCGGCCAAAAACGGAACCAAAACCGAAACUUAGAUAAGUCUUAUUAAAAGAAAAAAUGAGAGAGAGAGAAGCUAAAGGAGUUAUAUUUUUUUCAGCCGGAGUCGAAGUCGAUAAUUUUUUGAUUAAUUUUAUGGAGACCGUAUGAUUUUCAGAAAUCAUGACAAAUUUAUGUACUCUUUAAAAAACAAGAUUUUAUUAAAAUAUCUAACUAUAAUAAUAUAGCAUCCUCUUUUAAAGAAAUCAAAUGUUAUUGAGGCCAUAUCAAAGCUUGUCUUAAGCACAAAUUGUCUUAAGCUUAAUAAACGAGUUAAUGAUUAAAAUCAAAUAGUUAUUUUUUUAAUGCUCACCGGCGCGUUGCAAUUUGUGCAAUUUCGGUUUACCCACCGAAAUUUUCUCUUAAUUUCGACCAAAACCGAAAUCAAACCGAAACCCCGAUUUUUGUCCGAAACUGACCGAAAUCGAAACCUCCAAAAUUUCGGUCGGACUCUAUGUCAUGAUAUUUGGCGAAUUAGGAAUACAUCCCGCUUUCCACAUUCUUUAUACCCACAUGCGAAGAAACAUCCUAUAUACCUGACACAAUAGUACUUCCAUGCGUUUUUGUGAAUUUAGGAGUAAUCCAAGCGCAAUUGCUUGAUUAUAUUCCUCUUUUUUAUAAGAUAUAAAUCUUUAUUUUUUUUUUUACAUUUCCUUAUACUGCGAUCGAUGAGACAAAUCGAUACUCUUAAAUCAGAUGUAAUAUUGUAGAUAUUGUGAAUGAUGGAGAAAAGUUGUUUAGUAAUACAUUAAUCUUUUUAAUAAAAAAGCAAUUACGAUAAUAGAUUGAAACAAAAUAGAAGGAUCGUAACAAACUAAAUGUUUACUUUCCACUCUAAGGGUAAGUCCACAACCUUGCUUUAAGAGGCCGUAAGCUGUAAGUUGUAAAUGACGAUAUAUCGGCCACAGAGCUUAUACUUUUAGGCCGUAAGAAUAGGGUUUUGCUCUAUUCGCUUAAGUCUAACGGUUAAAGCCUAAAGACUGCGCAAAAACAGUCUAAAUACAGAAAUUGUCACUUAAUCUCUUUUGACUUAUGACUUAAGGCUUCUUAAAACAAGGUUGUAAACUAAGUGGUUAAACAGUGUUUUACUAAUACGUUAAUUGUCUGUUGGAAAAAAGGAUAAUGAUAAAUAAUUACGAUAAUAGAUCAAAAUAAGAGAAACAGUGUAGAAAACUAAGAGUUUAUCUAAACUGUAACUCGAAAAAAGAGACUCCUCCUUUGUGAGGAUUUCUAACAGGUUGCCAAUAAAUGAUUCAGCUGUGCUGAAACAAUGUCUUGCUUAAUUCGUAUUUUCUUCUAUACCUAAUAUAUUAAUA